CCCUGAAUGCAGCUCCCUGCUGCCUGGCCACUGCUGUGUGCUGAGCUGUGCAGGAGGUGCUCAGCACUGCAAAUCAAAGCCUGCAGCGUUUGACAUCGUCUCUGGCUCCCUCUGCACCAGCAGCAGGACAUGGAUUCUUCCAGGAAUAAAUGAGUUUUCCUCUGCCAUACCACAGCUGUGAGCAGGAGGGGGAGCCUGCACCGGGAUCCCUGCCUGCACUGCCCGCAUCCCACCAGAAGAGGAAGAGGAAAACACCACGGUUCCUUCGCCGUUGAUAAAAUGGGAAGCAGCAUCUCCCCAGCAGCCCGGGAAGGGAAGCUCCAGUCCUCGCCUGGGGGGCAUCCCUGGCAGCUCUGCAGCUGGCAGGACACAGCCCUGUGCCACUGAGGGGGCCUGGGGGGGCUGGGCCAGCAUGUCCCUGCAGAGCCGCCGGAGCCAGCUGCUGCUGGUCAACUCGCUGACCUUCGGGCUGGAGGUGUGCCUGGCCGCUGGCAUCACCUACGUGCCGCCCCUGCUGCUGGAGGUGGGCGUGGAGGAGAAGUUCAUGACCAUGGUUUUGGGGAUAGGCCCCGUGCUUGGGCUGGUGUUCGUGCCGCUGAUCGGCUCUGCCAGCGACCACUGGCACAGCAGCUACGGCCGCAGGAGACCCUUCAUCUGGGUGCUGUGCCUGGGGGUGCUGCUCAGCCUGUUCGUCAUCCCCCACGCCAGCAGCCUGGCCAGCCUGUGCGCCCUCAACCCCCGCCCUCUGGAGAUCGCCUUCCUCAUCCUGGGCGUGGGGCUGCUGGAUUUCUGUGGCCAGGUGUGCUUCACCCCGCUGGAGGCUCUGCUCUCCGACCUCUUCCAGGAGCCGGACAGCUGCCGCCAGGCUUUCUCCAUGUACGCCUUCAUGGUCAGCCUGGGGGGCUGCAUUGGCUACCUGCUGCCAGCCGUCGACUGGGCCUUCCUGGCGCCCUACCUGGGAGGGCAGGAAAGCUGCCUCUUCAGCCUGCUGGCCCUCAUCUUCCUGGGCUGCGCGCUGGCCACGCUCUUCGUGACGGAGGAGGCCGCGCAGGGGGAGGCGCCGGAGGGGCCGGCGCCCAGGGACGCGUCCCCGAAGGUGUGGGCGUGCUGCUGGCGGCUGGCCCGGGGCUGCUGCGUGCCGCAGGGCCGGCGGGCGCUGCAGGCCGCCCGCGGGCUGUGCUCGCUGCUGCCGCGCCUGCCCGGCCGGCGCUGCCGCGUCCCCGGCGCCAUCCGCCGCCUCUUCGUGGCCGAGCUGUGCAGCUGGAUGGCCCUCAUGACCUUCAUGCUCUUCUACACCGACUUCGUCGGCGAGGGGCUGUACCACGGCGUGCCCAGGGCCCAGCCGGGCACGGAGGCCAGGCGGCACUACGACGAAGGUGUCCGCAUGGGCAGCCUGGGGCUCUUCCUGCAGUGCAUCACCUCCAUCUUCUUCUCGACAAUCAUGGACCGCCUGGUGAAGCACUUUGGGACACGGGCAGUGUACCUGGCCAGCGUGGUGUUCUUCCCUGGGGCAGCCUGUGUCAUGUGCCUGUCCCACAGCGUCACCGUGGUCACCAUCUCCGCUGCCCUGACAGGAUUCACCUUCUCUGCCCUGCAGAUCCUGCCCUACACGCUGGCAUCCCUCUACCACCACGACAAACAGGUAUUUCUGCACAAAUACAAGAGGAAAGAGGAGGAAGACGCCGCUCUGCUGGACAAGAAAUCCGCCUUCUCCAAGGGGCUGCUCUCCAGCCAGAAGCUGCCUUACCAGAAUGGCCACACUGGGAGCCUCUUCUCCUCCUCCUCCUCCUCCUCCUCCUCACCCCCAUCCUCCCCCCCCAGCUCCGCUCUGUGUGUCGGCUCCUCCUGCGACGUGUCCCUACGGAUCGUGGUGUGCGACGUGUCCCUGCGGAUCGUGGUGGGGGAGCCGGAGCUGGGGGCUCCUGGCCGGGGGAUCUGCCUGGACCUGGCCAUCCUGGACAGCGCCUUCCUGCUGUCCCAGGUGCUGCCCUCGCUCUGCAUGGGCUCCAUCGUGCAGCUCACCCAGUCUGUCACCUCCUACAUGGUGUCAGCGGCUGCCCUGGGGCUGCUCGCCAUCUACUUCGCUACCAAAGUGGUGUUUGACAAGGGUGAUGUGGCCAAGUGCUCCGUGUGACACCGGGGGGGCAGAGCUGGCUCUGUGUGUGCCCACGGGGCGCCCGGGGUGGCACCGGUCCCCACGCUGCUGCUGCCACCCCGGGGUGGCUCCGGGGCUGGGCAGCACGGGGUUAAUCUCAGGUGUAAAUAAGAGG